AUGAUAGUAGUUUUAUUACAAAGAAAACUGACUUCUACCUCUGUAGACGAAGGGAACUUACCACCACAAAUACCCUCAACCAUCCCAUUUCUUGGGGAAGCAGUAAAUUUUAACCAAAAUCCAAUUGAGUAUUUAUUGGCAGCAUAUAAAAAACAUGGGCCGGUGUUUACAUUUACAAUGGUUGGAAAAACUUUCACCUAUUUAAUUGGAUCAGAAUCUUCUGCUUUGUUUUUUAAUAGUAAAAAUGAAGAUCUAAAUGCAGAAGAUGUCUAUAGUCGUCUGACAACACCUGUUUUUGGGAAAGGUGUUGCUUAUGAUUGCCCUAAUCCAUUAUUUCUAGAGCAGAAGAAGAUUUUGAAGUCUGGUUUGAAUAUCGCACAGUUUAAAGAACACAUUCCUUUAAUAAUUGAAGAGGCUAAUCAAUACUUUGAGAGAUGGGGGGAUAAUGGGACUACUGACUUAUUCAAGGCCUUGUCUGAACUUAUAAUUCUUACGGCAAGUCGUUGUCUACAUGGUAAGGAAAUCAGAUCCAAACUUGAUGAAAGUGUUGCACAAUUGUAUGCAGAUCUUGAUGGAGGAUUUACACACCUUGCAUGGUUAUUACCAGGAUGGUUGCCGUUGCCCAGUUUCAGAAAACGAGAUAGAGCUCAUCUAGAAAUGAAAAAGAUAUUUCAUGAGGUUAUUCGAAAUCGUCGAAAGAAUGGAAAUGAGGAUGAAGAAGAUAUGUUACAUGCGUUAAUAACAUCUACAUAUAAAGACGGACGUCCACUAACUGAUGAUGAAAUUUCUGGCAUGUUAAUUGGUUUAUUGUUGGCUGGUCAACAUACUUCAUCAACAACAAGUGCCUGGAUGGGUUUUUUCAUCUCAAAACAUCAAGAGAUUCAAGAUAAACUGUAUGAAGAACAAAAGAAAGUAUGUGGAAGUGGUGACAUAGACCUAAUCACCUAUCAAGAUUUGAAGGAUUGUCAACUACUGGACAGAUGUUUAAAAGAAUCAUUACGCUUACGACCACCAAUCAUGACCAUGAUGAGGAUGUGUAGAAGCCCUCAAAAAGUUUGUGGUUAUACAAUACCAGUUGGUCAUCAAAUUUGUGUCUCUCCACCAACAAAUCAGAGAUUGGAGGAUACAUGGACUAAUGCGACUGUAUAUAAUCCUGACCGCUUUUUAGACCCUGAUGUAGCUAACAGUGAAAAGUUUGCUUACGUGCCUUUUGGUGCUGGCCGCCACAGAUGUAUUGGUGAAUCAUUUGCCUAUAUUCAGAUAAAAACGUUAUGGUCAGUUAUGUUAAGAAAAUAUAAAUUUGAGCUGGUUGAUGGUUAUUUCCCUGAAAUUGACUACUCUACCAUGAUUCAUACUCCAAAAAAUCCUGUCAUCAAAUAUUCUCUCAGAAAAUGA